UACCUUUCUCCUGUCUGGUCCUCUCCUGGUAUUCCUCUCCUGCCUUUCCCCUGUCUGGUCCUCUCCUGGUAUUCCUCUCUGACCUUUCUCCUGUCUGGUCCUCUCCUGGUAUUCCUCUCUUACCUUUCUCCUGUCUGGUCCUCUCCUGGUAUUCCUUUCUUACCUUUCCCCUGUCUGGUCCUCUCCUGGUAUUCCUCUCUUACCUUUCCCCUGUCUGGUCCUCUCCUGGUAUUCCUCUCCUACCUUUCUCCUGUGUGGUCCUCUCCUGGUAUUCUUCUCUUACCUUUCCCCUGUCUGGUCCUCUCCUGGUAUUCCUCUCUUACCUUUCCCCUGUCUGGUCCUCUCCUGGUAUUCCUCUCCUACCUUUCCCUGUCUGGUCCUCUCCUGGUAUUCCUCUCUUACCUUUCCCCUGUCUGGUCCUCUCCUGGUAUUCAUCUCUUACCUUUCCCCUGUCUGGUCCUCUCCUGUUAUUCCUCUCUUACCUUUCUCCUGUCUGGUCCUCACCUUCUAUUCUGUGUGCAGGAAAACAUUCCGUUUGCGGUGGUGGGGACAGACAAGGAACACCAGGUAAACGGGAACAAGGUCCUGGGCAGGAAAACCAAAUGGGGCAUCAUAGAGGGUGAGUGUUUUUACAUUAUCAAUACAUUAUCAUAGAGGGUGAGUGUGUUUACAUUAUCAAUGCAUUCUCGUAGAGGGUGCGUGUGUUUACAUUAUCAAUACAUUAUCAUAGAGGGUGAGUGUGUUUACAUUAUCAAUGCAUUAUCAUAGAGGGUGAGUGUGUUUACAUUAUCAAUGCAUUAUCAUGGAGAGUGAGUGUGUUUACAUUAUUAUAGAUUAUGUUUCAGGUUUUCAGUUUAUUUGCCAUAUGUAAUACGUGUAGGCCUAGAGACCUGGAGUACAUACAUGAACCAAAAUUGGAGAUUGAUUGAGAUUAUUUAAUUUUGUUUUGUUUAUGAACACCUAAUGAUAUGCAUACUGAAUAAUAAUAAUAAUAAUAAUAAUAAUAAUAUGCUGGUAUAUGCAGCACUGUUGUACAUAAAAUAAACCACAUAUUAUAUGACUAAAUAUCCCUAUACGGUCUAAUUCUGGAAUCAUGGGCUCAACUGCUACCCUCUAGUGUUCGUAAUGAGGAAGUUGCAGAGCAGGAAGCAUACAUGUAUUACGAGAGAGAGAGAGAGAGAGAGAGAGAGAGAGAGAGAGAGAGAGAGAGAGAGACGGACGGACGGAUGGAUGGACGGACAGUUGGUGUUCCAUGGAUCUGGUGUAAUGACUGGUUUUAACCACUGUUUUAGUCAACCUGUAUAUUUAUUCUGUCUGUCCAUAGUUGAAAACGUGGCGCAUUGUGAGUUUGCCAACUUGAGAGAUCUGCUGAUUAGGUGAGUUACAGUUACACCUACAACAACUCACCCACGCAUGCAUGUACACACACAUGAGGCUUGGGGUGAUCUAGCGGUCCAAGCCGCUGCCUCUGGAGCCACAUGUACAAUGUACCGCUGCCUUCUGGAUCACAUGUAGAAUGUACCGCUGCCUCUGAGCCAUGCACAAUGUACCACUCUUUGGUCACAUGUAGAUGUACCGCAUGCCUCUGGUCCAUACAAGUACCACUGCAGUACCAUGGGCUCUGGAUCCAGUCAAUACGCUGCUGCUUCGCAUCCGAAACACCGCGUCUCCUGGACACUGAGCCGUUGCACCUGCUCCAUCACACGCUCCCUACCGUCACCCGGCCAUCACACGCGUCUCCUACCGGCACCUCUUCCAUCACACUCUCUCCUACCUUUCACCUCUUCCAUCCACCCUCUCCGACCAGUUCACCUCUGCCAUCACACCCUCCUACCAGUCACCUCUCCAUCACGCUCGCUCCUACCAUUCACCUCUUCCAUCACACUCCGCCUACCAUUCACCUUCCACACACUCCGCCUACCUGCACCCGCCAUCACACCUCCACCGGUCACCUCUUCCAUCACCUCCUCCUACCUUUCACCUCUUCCAUCACACUCUCUCCUACCAUUUACCCUUCCAUCACCUCUCCCGACCUUCACCUCUUCCAUCACUCUCUCUCCUACCUUUCACCUCUUCCAUCACACUCUCUCCUACCUUUCACCUCUUCCAUUACACUCUCCCUACCUUUCACCUCUUCCAUCACACUCUCUCCUACCUUUCACCUCUUCCAUCACACUCUCUCCUACCUUUCACCUCUUCCAUCACACUCUCUCCUACCUUUCACCUCUUCCAUCACUCUCUCUCCUACCAUUCACCUCUUCCAUCACACCUCUCUCCUACCAUUCACCUCUUCCAUCACUCUCUCUCCUACCAUUCACCUCUUCCAUCACACUCUCUCCUACCAUUCACCUCUUCCAUCACACUCUCUCCUACCUUUCACCUCUUCCAUCACACUCUCUCCUACCUUUCACCUCUUCCAUCACCCUCUCUCCUACCUUUCACCUCUUCCAUCACUCUCUCCCUACCAUUCACCUUUUCCAUCACACCUUCUCCUACCAUUCACCUCUUCCACACUCUCUCCUCCACCUUUCACACCUCUUCCAUCACACCUCUCCUACCAUUCACCCUUCCAUCACACUCUCUCCUACCUUCACCUCUUCCAUCACUCUCUCUCCUAUCUUUCAGCUCUUUCCAAUAAAAAUACUUUAAAACAACAACUGAACACACCCCUGUACUGAGGACAGAGCAGCAGAGGGGCUAAUGACAGCCCUACAGAGUUAACAUACAGGUCAGCCUGGUUUCAUGAGCUCCUAACGGUGACCUCUGACCAAGGGUCCAUGGCCCUGUUGCAUAAAACAUCUUAAGUGUUUUCCUGAAGGAUUUACCUUAAGGAAUAAUUUCCCCUUACCUAAGGGAAUUGCUUAAGAGCGUUGCAUAGAGCCCCUCAAACGAUUUCCUUAAGUAAGGGCAUACUUAAGCGGUUUUACGGUAGUUUUGAAGGCAUACGGCAGAAAGAGUCUCUGGUUAACAUGGAGACGACCUGAGUCACGCCCUCUGCUAAAGGUUGUCUACGUCGUAAACGACACCCUGUGCCCUUCAUAGUGCAUUACGUUUGACCAGGACCCAUAGGGGCUCAGGUCAAUAGGCCCCUGGUCAAAAGUAGUGCACUAUGAAGGGAACAGGGUGCCGUUUGGGACGCAUCCAUAGUGUCAGGGAGGAGGAUGGUGACGGGGCUGAGAAAACAUCCCAGACAUGUUGUUUACAACCACUUAGCAGUGUUUUUUAGACUUCCAUUACUAGUACACUUUCACCCUAUAGUUACACUGUACCUGUUCUGAUGCUGCAUGGCAACCACCAAGGUGUUAACUACAGCUGUAAUAGAACACACUAACAUCCAUCAUAUCGGCUGUUUAUCCUUCAUCAUCCAUCAUAUCAGCUGUUUAUCUUUCAUCAUCCAUCAUAUCAGCUGUCUAUCCUUCAUCAUCCGUCAUAUCAGCUGUCUAUUCUUUAUCAUCCGUCAAAUCAACUGGCUAUCCUUCAUCAUCCAUCAUAUCAGAUGUCUAUCCUUCAUCAUCCGUCAUUCAGCUGUCUAUUCUUCAUCAUCCAUCAUAUCAGCUGUCUACCCUUCAUCAUCCAUCAUAUCAGCUGUCUAUCCUUCAUCAUCCAUCAUAUCAGCUGUCUAUCCUUCAUCAUCCAUCAUAUCAGCUGUCUAUCCUUCAUCAGCCGUCAAAUCAGCUGUCUAUCCUUCAUCAUCCGUCAUAUCAGCUGUCUAUCCUUCAUCAUCCAUCAUAUCGACUGGCUAUUCUUCAUCAUCCAUCACAUCAGCUGUCUAUCCUUCAUCAUCCAUCAUAUCAGCUGUCUAUCCUUCAUCAUCCAUCAUAUCAACUGGCUAUCCUUCAUCAUCCGUCACAUCAGCUGUCUAUCCUUCAUCAACCAUCAGAUCAGCUGGCUAUCCUUCAUCAUCCAUCAUAUCAGCUGUCUAUCCUUCAUCAUUCAUCAUAUCAUUUGUCUAUUAUUCAUCAUCCGUCAUUCAGCUGUCUAUCUUUCAUCCUCCAACAUGUCAGCUGUCUAUCCUUCAUCAGCCGUCAUUCAGCUGUCUAUCCUUCAUCAUCCAUCAUAUCAACUGUCUAUACUUCAUCAUCCAUCAUAUCAGCUGUCUAUCCUUCAUCAUCCGUCAUUCAGCUGUCUAUUCUUCAUCAUCCAUCAUAUCAGCUGUCUAUCCUUCAUCAUCCAUCAUAUCAGCUGUCUAUCCUUCAUCAUCCAUCAUAUCAGCUGUCUAUCCUUCAUCAACCGUCAAAUCAGCUGUCUAUCCUUCAUCAUCCGUCAUAUCAGCUGUCUAUCCUUCAUCAUCCAUCAUAUCGACUGGCUAUCCUUCAUCAUCCCUCACAUCAGCUGUCUAUCCUUCAUCAUCCAUCAUAUCAGCUGUCUAUCCUUCAUCAUCCAUCAUAUCAACUGGCUAUCUUUCAUCAUCCGUCACAUCAGCUGUCUAUCCUUCAUCAACCAUCAGAUCAGCUGGCUAUCCUUCAUCAUCCAUCAUAUCAGCUGUCUAUCCUUCAUCAUCCAUCAUAUCAUUUGUCUAUUAUUCAUAAUCCGUCAUUCGGCUGUCUAUCCUUCAUCAUCCGUCAUUCAGCUGUCUAUCCUUCAUCAUCCAUCAUAUCAGCUGUCUAUCCUUCAUCAUCCAUCAUAUCAGCUGUCUAUCCUUCAUCAUCCGUCAUUCAGCUGUCUAUCCUUCAUCAUCCGUCAUUCAGCUGUCUAUCCUUCAUCAUCCGUCAUAUCAGCUGUCUAUCCUUCAUCAUCUGUCAUUCAGCUGUCUAUCCUUCAUCAUCCGUCAUUCAGCUGUCUGUCCUUCAUCAUCCAUCAUAUCAGCUGUCUAUCCUUCAUCAUCCAUCAUAUCAACUGGCUAUCCUUCAUCAUCCAUCACAUCAGCUGUCUAUCCUUCAUCAACCAUCAGAUCAGCUGGCUAUCCUUCAUCAUCCAUCAUAUCAGCUGUCUAUCCUUCAUCAUCCAUCAUAUCAUUUGUCUAUUAUUCAUCAUCCGUCAUUCAGCUGUCUAUCCUUCAUCCUCCAACAUGUCAGCUGUCUAUCCUUCAUCAAUCCCGUCAUUCCAGCGGUCUCUCCUUCAUCAUCCAUCAUAUCACUGUUAUCCUCAUCAUCCGUCAUUCAGCUGUCUAUCCUUCAUCAUCCAUCAUAUCAACUGUCUAUCCUUCAUCAUCCAUCAUAUCAGCUGUCUAUCCUUCAUCAUCCGUCAUUCAGCUGUCUAUUAUUCAUCAUCCAUCAUAUCAGCUGUCUAUUCUUCAUCAUCCAUCAUAUCAACUGGCUAUCUUUCAUCAUCCGUCAUUCAGCUGUCUAUCCUUCAUCAUCCGUCAUUCAGCUGUCUAUCCUUCAUCAUCCGUCAUUCAGCUGUCUAUCCUUCAUCCGUCCUUCAGCUGUCUAUCCUUCAUCAUCCGUCAUUCAGCUGUCUAUCUACACUGAUGUUGUUUGUGUUUUUGUCUACAACAUUGUGUAUUUUAACCUAUUUACAUAAAUAAACAUGAAAAUAAAGACUGUUUUUGUGUUUGUCUGUGUUUCCCUAAAGGUCCCACCUGCAGGACCUGAAGGACGUGACCCACAACAUCCACUAUGAGACAUUCCGCGUGAGGAGGCUGAACGAGAGUAACCUGACCGUCCACGGUUUGGCCCUGUCGUGCUUUCCCAUGGAGAACGGGACCCACGGAACCAACGGAACCAACGGAACCAACGGAACCAACGGAACCUCGGACAGGAGCGAAUCAGAGAGCCAACUCUGAGGGGGACCACAAAGUGCGUCGCACACAGCAGCAGCAGCUCCAGCUUCCUGUUUCCUGUUUUGACCUGCAAUGAUUGGUCAACUGUUUCCCCCAAUCGGAACACACGAGAAAGAGAGCGAAAGAAAGAAAGAGGAACUUUAUUUUAACAAAGGAGAGAUUUUUUCGGUGGCCACCACACCUUCGAUUUUGAAAUAACAUUUUAUUGAGUUUUACUAAAGACAUUAUUGAUAAGAAAUGCAUUUAAACUUCAUAUAUGAAUAUAUUUACUGAGAAUUAGUUUAUAUUUCCUGGAAGCAGGGUCACACAGGGCUGGAAGAGCAGAGAGAGAGAUGGAGAGCAAGUUCUCAGGAGAGAGAGAGCAAGAAAGAGUGGAUAGAGAGAGAGAGAGAGAGAGAGA